GCUCUGGGUCUGAGUGUAGCCGGAUGUGCAGUCUGGAUCCUGUUUGGCACAGGAAGCCUUCUCAUCGUCCUCCCAUCAGAUGAGCUGCGCACUGUGGGGGCGGGGCUGUUGCUGAUUGGUGGAGUGGUGCUGCUGGUCGCUCUCAUUGGAUGUUUGGGAGCUGCUGGAGAGAAAAAAAUCCUGCUGCUGAUGUACAUGGGCUUCCUCAUUGUCCUGGUCCUGGGUCAGCUGUUCGUCACAUUUCUGCUGCUUGUAAGCAAAGACAAGAUUGAACGGACUCUGGAGGACAAAGUGGAUCAGAUCAUCCUUCAGUACAGAGGAAGCAGUGAUAGUCUGGACAGAUUCAUGGACGAUGCACAUCGAUAUGGGGCAUGCUGUGGCAUAAUCGGCCCUGCCGAUUGGCUGAAGAACUCUUUUAUCAAGAGUCUGAACCUGACCAAUCCAGAUGUACUCCCUUGUUCCUGUUUCAGCUCGUAUCGUCCCAGCUUUAACUCUCCCUGGUGCUCCGAGCUGCUCAACUUCACCGCCCCAGUGUACGGACGAGGAAACAUCUCGUAUGAGCAGGGCUGUAAAGAGAAGCUCAGUGAUUGGCUGCAGGAAAACGCUCUGACGAUCGUCGGCAUGGAUGUCGGUCUCAUGUUAAUCCAGGUGGUUCAGUUUGUCAUCAUGGUGUACCUGUACCGCGCGUUUGGCAGAAAAGCCGCUUUCAAAAGACCUCUUGCCGACCCUGACCACGCCCACCUUGACCACACCCCUGAAGAUGAGCUGGACUAUGGAGAGCAGAACUACGCCUACAUAGAGCCUGAUGAUGGCUACAUAGACCCCAUCCACCCAGAACAUCACCAUGACUACCUAAACCCUGUAGACCCCGCCCACCUGGCUUAUCACCAUGACAACCAACACUGAAAUCAUUGCACCUCAAGCCAGCCUGGGACAUAGUUCUUCAUUAUCUACACUACAAAUAAUGACAAUGUCUGUAUUUAUAUGGUUGUAACUGAAACCCCAGAUGUUAAAGGAAUUGAACUAAAACAUUUUGUUAAAUAAAGUGGUGGUUUGUUGGAUUGUUUUAUAAUUAGUCUGGGAUUGAUUGUUUUAGAGCCAGUGAGCAUGUGAUCGUGGAGGACCGCCAAAAUAAAAAAUAAAUAACUAAAUAAAUGAACAAAUGUAAUUAAAUUAGAAAGUAAA